AAAGUGUUUAUGUUAUACAACUAUAUAUAUGUUGUAGUUUAGAAGCCUUAGAGUGUGUGUGUGAGUGCAUGUCUCAAAGUUUGGCAGCAGACAAAAAUUGAGUCAAAGUUCUAAAAAUGGUUGGCAGUUUGAUGGCAGCUUGGCCUGUUCAACAACAACAACAAGGUUGGAGGAAGGGACCUUGGACACCUGAAGAGGAUAAGCUUCUUAUUGAAUAUGUCAAUUUGCAUGGCGAAGGUAGAUGGAGCUCCGUCGCCCGUUGUGCAGGAUUGAAUAGGAGUGGGAAGAGUUGCAGGCUAAGGUGGGUGAACUACCUAAGGCCAGGACUAAAGAGAGGUCAAAUAACCCCUCAAGAAGAAGGCAUCAUUAUUGAGUUACAUUCUAUUUGGGGUAACAAAUGGUCGACGAUUGCUAGAUAUUUACCAGGAAGAACAGACAAUGAAAUCAAGAAUUAUUGGCGAACUCAUUUCAAGAAGAAGGAAAGAUCUCGAAAAGCCUCUGAAAGACGAAAAUCCGGCCAAAACCUAAAACCAAAGCCACUACUACGGCCACAACCACAACCACAACCGCAACCACAAGUCCAACAACUUAUUCCAGGAAGCAAAAAUGAACCAAUGAACCAAGUUCCUCCAUCUCAAGAAAAUAGUCCUAAUAACAAUAAGCAAGAGGUUGUAUUCAUGAACAACCCAAACACCACCACCAUAGAGGAGCCAAACUUGAUGAUGAUCGCGGCGUCUUCUUGGAUGGACACCACGUGUAACGAUCAAGACGGUUCGUGGUGGGGGAGUCUAUGGAACUUUGGUGAACAAAUGCAACAAGCUGAUAGUUCUCAAUACUGUAGUAAGAUGGCACUAUCACUACUAAACCAAGCUAAUACUAAUAGUAGUACAACUAAUAAUAUUAUUAUUAACACUAAUAAUAAUGGAUUCUCUUGGGAAGGGGAUUUAAACAAUAUUUAUAAUGGAGGUUACAUUUUUUAAUUUAGAGAGCAUAAUAGUAAUAAUAUUAAUUAUAUAGUUUCUUCAUCUUAAACAUUAUUAUUGGUGUUCUUGUAAGAUAAUACUUAUUAUUAGGCCAGCUAAUGAUGUGUAAUCGUACAUUAUUAUCAUUAGUUUUUUCCUUUUAUUUUUAAUUUUAUGUAGUUUUAAUUUGGUUGUAAUGCACGUAUAUGACUACCAUUGGUUAACGUUUGAUAAUAAAGCAAAAGAGAAAGGUCUGCGCUGUAUAAUGCAAGUUAUUCAGGCUUAGCUAGCUUCACUUUUGACUUUGUACGACUGCUGCUGUAGAGCAUGCAAUUUUUAAAUUGUUCGUAUGUUGUAAUAUACUUCUUAAUUCUUCAAUGAGAUCUUAUUUAUAUUAUUA